AUGUCUGGAGGCCGAAAAGUCUGCGAAUUGUCGAGUCAACGUUGCCAUCUGGGAUUUAAGCGUAGCGAUAUCGUUGUCCGGUUUCGUCUGGACCUGCGAAACCUGGCCGUACGACUCCCAAAUUCGGUCGGCUGUAUCGGCCAGUUUGGACAAAGGUGCAUCCUCACUAGCGCAGAGGAU